GCGGCAAUAGCAGACACUACAAAAGUUCGUUUUCGUCACUCAUUUCUAGCUUAGAUUUUUGUUCCUGAAAUAUUGAAAUAAUUAAAAAUAUUUAGCAAAAUACUUUUUUGAACAUGUCAAGAGUACAGUGCUGUUAUUUUUAAAGUAGUGUAACACCGCAAUUUAGUUUGUUACUCAAUGAGUAAUUAGUGAUAAAAAAAUACAACUUCUACGGAAUAUUUAUUUGUUACUAAUUUUUGAAUAAUUUGAAACAAGUACGUUCUGUUUUUUUAAUAUUAAUUUUGGGAUUAAAGCGUGUCGAUUAGUACCCAUAUUAACAAUUUUUACUAAGUUUUGUCAACUGGACUGCAAACUAGAUAAUUGCCAAAGAAUUGUUCGCGCGCUGUUAAGGAAUUUUAAAAUGCCACAGGAAGUUAGAUUGUUGCAAUGCUUUGACUGUAAAAUCUACCAAGUCGAUUUGGUAAAAAAGGCGAAAAAAUGGACUUGCAAAGUUUGUAAUGCCAAGCAGAGUUUACAGGGCGAAUAUUUUCGUGGAAGUGGGCCGGAAUGCCGUACGCGGGUACAGGAGCUGAAUAAACAACGCGAACUAAAGGCCUUGAACAAGGAUAAGAUUGCAUUAGAGUUAGCGAAAAAUUCUGAAUGCAGUAUAGAAACCGCCAUGGAGCACCAAAUACCACAAGGAAUGCCAAGCCAACUUGAGCAGAAAACAGUUCCCAGUAGAUUUUCACACUUCGUAGCUAAAAAUACUGCAGUAUUUGAGGGAAGUAACGAUAAAUUUCAACUGCACAGUGAUAACCAAAGCAUACAACAGGGGACAACGCCAAAAUCUAAAAGUAUUAAACGCUCCUCCGUGGAAAAUGGAGAUUUCAAAAGUACCAAAAAAUGUAGCAAGUGGGAUUUGUAUCUAUAAGAGUAAUAUAUUUUAAUCGCAUUACCAGCAUAAAAGUUGUUCAAACAUUCCGUAUCAGGAAAGCUUUGCACAUCAAGAUCUGAACCAUAUAACAGCUGGAUAAUGUUCAUGAGCAAAGGAUUUGAAGUGCUUCUUUUUUUGUGCGUGUUGUUUUUGUUACCAAUAGUACGAACAUUUAAAUACAGUAAAUAAAAUAAAAUACAUACAUAAUUAGUCAUGAAACGGUUUGGUAAGCAUAAAAGCUAUUACACUAUAAUUUUAAUAAAUAUUUUUUCUUGUUAAACAAAGUGAAACUUCAAAUUACAAUUAAAA